CUAGACAGAGGAACUUAUUCGAGCUGGUCUUGCUUCCCAGGCUGUCGUUUCAUUGUGAUCAGUUGAUACUGAUUGCACCUGCCUUGACUUCUCAUAAACUACAGAAGAUCUAGGAAAUAAGUUGUGAUCACUUGAUUACAAGAAAACUGGAAUUUGAAAGUGGACAGAUGCUGACGGAACCUGUUCCAGCAAAUACAUUAGGACUCAGGACACCUUACAAAUAGAUCCAUUCAAGGAAAAAAACACUGAAGAAACACAAACCUAUUCAAAAAGGUUUUUUAAACCCGAACCUCUACUUUGCAUGGAUUACUGUUUAUAGGACGUCAACUUUAAUUUAAAUUUUUCCUGGAAGGAAUCAUCAUGAAAUGCUGCAGAGUUUUUGAAUCUGUUCAGCUGUUUAUUCCCACCAUUGCAAUAUCCAGUGAACCAUGAAAUCUACAUUUUGGCUUUCUGUUACAUUAACUUUAUUUUGUUUGGUCACAUCAGAGAACUGUACUGUGCAGGAUGAUGACAUGUAUAACACUCACUUGGAAACGGUCAUAGUGGGACGACCUGUGGUGAUUGAUUGUUAUUGGGACAAAAAACUUCAUCUUAAUCAGAAGUCCUAUAAUCUGAGCUGGUAUAGAAAUGGAAAUGAAGAACCCAUAACUAAAAUAACAGAUUCAAGAAUACAUCAAGACGAUAACAAGCUUUGGUUUCUUUCUGCAAAAUUUCAAGAUUCUGGACUCUACACCUGUGUUGUGUGGGAGUCAGCAAGAUGUUACAAAAGUAUUGUGAGAGUUGAAGUUUCCAGUAACACUGAUGUCCAGUGUUUUCAUGAUGAACUUUAUAAUAAAGCAGAGCUACCAAUAGGAUCAAAUGGAGUGAUUGUGUGCCCUGCCUUGGACAGUUUAAAAGACUAUAGGAAUGCUUUGUCCAUUCGUUGGUAUAAGGAAUGUAAACAGCUGGAUGGGGAACGAUUUGCUUUCCAUAGCAACGAUUUUAUAAUAAACAAUAUUAAUUCAAAUGAUUCUGGAAUGUACCAGUGCAAAGCAACGUACAUUUAUGAGGGGAAUAUAUAUAACAUUUCAAGAAGCAUUUUGGUAACAGCUGUAGCAAGUCCAAAGAGGAAAAGAACUACAAUUCUAUACCCAAGAAACAACACAAUUGAAGCUGAACUGGGAUCCAAUGUGUUUGUAGAAUGCAAUGUGUCAACUUUCAGAGACAGCGUUAUUUCUAUAGCCUGGAAGGUCAAUAAUACACUUGUUGAUGAUCUGUUUAAGGGCAGAAUUCAAGAGGGGAUCGAAAAAGAUAAUAAUCUGACAGAAGAGUGGCUUUCUGUAGUGCCUCUGAACAUCACAGAACUAAAACAAGAAGAUUAUGGCGAGCGGUUUGUCUGCCAUGCUGGUGAAGUAGCAGCGUACAUCUCAGUGCAACCUCCAAGUGCAGCUAUACAUUAUACUGGAUACAUGGCUGGAGGUCUUGCUGCAGUGGUAUUAAUCACAGCUGUUCUUGUACUAAUCUAUAUGUUGUUCAAGAUUGACAUCAUACUUUGGUAUCGAAAGUCAUGCCAUCCAUUUCUUAAUAAAAAAGUUGCAGAUGGGAAGAUUUAUGAUGCAUAUGUGUUGUCCCCAAAAACCCACAACCCAGAUCAAUUUGUUCUAAAAGUACUUCCUGAGGUUUUGGAGAACCAGUGUGGGUACACUCUAUUUAUAUUUGGUAGGGAUGACUUACCAGGAAAAGCUCUGGUCACCAUUAUUGAUGAAACUAUCAAGCAAAGCAGAAGGCUGAUAAUUAUAUUAAAAUCAGAAUCACCAAGCUACCAAUUAUUAGAAGAGGCUCCAGAGCAGCAGAUAGCUCUAUACAAUGCUCUUGUGCAUGAUGGAAUAAAAGUAAUCCUUAUUGAAAUGGAUAAAAUCAAGGAUUACAGUAACAUGCCAGAAUCCAUUCAAUACAUUAAGCGAAAACAUGGAGCCAUCAGAUGGAAAGGGGACUUCAUGAAGAGCCAAUCUUAUUCUGCAAGUACCAAAUUCUGGAAAAAGGUCAGGUAUCAAAUGCCACUAGGACAUCAGAUCUCCACAGAAAUACCUUUGGUGGAAACAUUGUUUGAUACAAGCCAAACAAUAAAAUGAUCCUUGUGUCACAUUCACAA